AUGAUUAUUAAAUUCAGUGGAAUAACUGCACUUGGUCCAGUUGGUCAACAUGGACAACCUGUUCGGAUACCUGUGGAAGUUGUGGAAAUCAAACUAGAACUCGUUCAUGUACAAACCAAACGACGAGUUGUAUCUGUACUGGAAACUCAACAUCAACUCAAUCUUGUAAUGCCGAUGUAUGUAUCUUUCCACGGAAAAGUUGUUGUUCUGGAGAGCCGGCUUCAUUGGAUGGACUCUUCCAGUGCUCAUUGGGUGCAUUGA